AUGGAGGAGAAGAAAGUGAUGGGUUUUGUGAUGCUAAUUGCUCUGAUUUUGGGUGUGAUGGUAACAUCAUGUGAGAGUAAAUAUGUGAAGUGCGCAAAGGCUUCACCAUUACUUGUCAACUGUGUGCCUUAUUUUGGGAGCUCACGCACAUGGCCACCGCCAAAAAUAUGCUGUGAAGGAGCAGCACAGGCGAUUAGAGAUUCCAAUGUCAACACUGAAAGCAGAAGAAUCUUUUGUGAAUGUUUGAAGUCAUAUACAGCUUUUUAUCACUUUGAUCCUGUGAGAGUGAAGGGGCUUCCUGAAAAAUGCAACAUUACUCCUUCUUUUCCUGUUGACCCAUUAAUGGAUUGUAAUUCGAUUCCAUGA